CCCCUGCAUUGAGGAAAAGCGCAACCUCAUAUAUUUAGACGUGUUCAACUGAAACAGGAGUUUGUGCAAGCAGAAAGACCCGGUUUAAGACAUAAGCAGCUGCUUAUUUGCAAUUAUGCAUUUUUUAGAAACUGUCCUGAUCAAGUGACACAUUUUCUACCGAGUUUAUCUCCGCAGUGAGAACAACAUGGGGACAGCUUUUGCCAUUUGUCUGGUUUUUAUCGGAUGCUGUAGUAAUGUGGUGUCUCUGGAGCUGCUCGUAAGAGAGUUUCCAGGAUGCGGAAACAUUGUCACCUUUGCUCAGUUUGUUUAUGCGUUAGAGGGUUUCAUUUUUGAAACCAACUUUGGCAGGAAGAAGCCGUCGAUCCCCAUGAGCAACUAUGUGAUCAUGGUGACCAUGUUCUUCACCAUCAGUGUGAUCAACAACUAUGCUCUCAACUUUAACAUCGCUAUGCCCUUACACAUGAUCUUCAGAUCAGGGUCACUCAUUGCUAACAUGAUCCUGGGAAUAAUCAUCCUGAAGAAAAGGUAUUCAGUGAGUAAAUAUCUGUCUAUAGCUUUAGUGUCAGCUGGCAUCUUCAUCUGCACCAUCAUGUCUGCCAGACAAGUGAACGUGGCCAAUGAGGGAUCAGAAGAGCAGGGCUUUUCCGCCCUCAUGCACUGGCUGUUAGGUAUCGCCAUGUUGACCUUUGCACUCGUGAUGUCAGCGAGGAUGGGCAUUUUUCAGGAGACGCUGUACAAACAGUACGGCAAACACUCCAAGGAGGCCCUUUUCUAUAACCACUGUCUACCUCUGCCAGGCUUCCUGCUCCUCUCCACAAACAUCUACAACCACGCCAUUUACUUCAGUCAGAGCACUCCUGUGGUUGUUCCUGUGGUCGGCCUGACGGUGCCAAUAAUGUGGGUUUACCUGAUAAUCAACGUCAUAACACAGUAUGUGUGUAUCCGUGGUGUGUUCAUAUUGACCACAGAGUGUGCUUCUCUCACCGUCACUCUGGUGGUGACCUUGAGAAAGUUCCUCAGCCUCAUCUUCUCCAUCCUCUACUUCCAAAACCCCUUCACUGCCUGGCACUGGGUGGGCACGGGCGUGGUCUUCCUGGGCACCCUGCUGUACACUGAGGUGUGGAGCAGCGUGCGGGCCGCUCUGCGUGGGCCUGGCGUCAAGGAGAAGAAGGCGGCGUGAGGAAGAAGGGACUGAUCGAGGACCGUAAAACUUCACUUCGUAGUCCGGGAUUUUAUUUACUUGAAUAUUACCCUGCCUUUAUUUGGGACACGCUUCAUUAGGAGACGGGCCUUCAAUUAUUUAAAAAAAAAAAUUAAAAAAAAUUUAAAAAAAACUUGGGAAUGGGAAAGAGUAUAAAACUGUAAAUUUACAUCAGAAAUAAUAUUUAACAUGGACAAAAUCAGGAUAUUGAUAAACUAAAUUACAAACCACUCAUUUGAUGUUGUUUUGUAAUCGGCUCAUCUCUGCCAACCUGCUGCACUGUGGGCGAGAGAGGGAGAGACCCGUGUUGCUGCAGUGUGGGCGAGAGAGGGAGAGACCCCUGUGUUGCUGCAGUGUGGGCGAGAGAGGGAGAGACCCCUGUGUUGCUGCAGUGUGGGCGAGAGAGGGAGAGACCCCGGUCCAAAUAGUCACUAACAAGUGCUGUGCUGUCGUAUGAAGCUGUGAAAACACAUCUGAAUGUGUAAAGCAUAUGUAAAAGCUCUAAAAAUGUUUUGCAUGAGAGAUGGAAAAAAAAAAAAAACGUUUGUUUUCAUAAUUUCAACAUUUACUUCCAUCUCUUAAGGCAGCGCAGGAAGCAGAGUUGUCCCUCCUGUCAGUCACUGAGGUUUAUGCUUAAGCAGUCUUUAGUCUUUAUCCAGAUCAUCGUGCAGGAGUCUCUGGAGAGGCAACGCUCUCAUUCUGUGGAUGCACACACACACACACACACGAUUCUCCAGCUGAUCUUUAACCCUCUUCCUCACACUGGUACACAAACCAGCAUAGCACUGAUGUCGAUGUUUAUCUUUAUUUUUUUCGUCUCUUGUGUCUGAUUUUUUUUCCUUUGAUCUGCAAACUAUUUCAGUAGAGGUACUGGGCCUUAAUUUGGAAUGGGCUUUUAUUUGAAGCUUUACGGUAAAAAAACACAAUGCUGGACUUAGAGAUUGUUUCUGGUCGACUAUCCUGCGGUUAUUUUAGAGUUUGUCAUUUAAUUUUCAUAUUUGCUGCAGUAAAGUCUUUUCAAACAAACACUACAGAUUGAAGGAAUAAUCUGGUGGCAUUCUUCAUUUUCAAUACUGUCAAUAAAUCCCAGGUAAAGACCAACAAUCAGCAAUGUGCUAAUUUGUAUCGGAAUAUGUUUCUGCCCCGUCUGUCACUCAGCCUAGAAACCAUUCACUUCUGAUAGAUCUUUAACUUAUUAACACCAGCUAGAAACAAUGGGUGAAGUCUUAUCACCCACCUCUGCAGCUUCCUCUCCGCACUAAGGAGCUUCUUUCUAUUUUUUUACGGUUUAUUAGAGCAAGUUUUUUUUCUCAUGACAAACUUCAACUUGUUGCUUCAGUCUGUUUUCAGUGAAAAGAAAAAGCACUUUUUAAGUCGACUGUUAAUGAUAAGUUAAUGUUGGCAAACAGAUGACCUUUAAAGCUUAAACAUUCAGAGCAGCAAAAUGUAUUUCAUGGAAAGAUAAUUGACUAGGAACUAUUUUUUAAAAUUGAGUAAUUCGUCUUAGUCAUUUUAAGACAAAUUCAUGAACAUUUGAUUUGUAUACAAAAUUGGAAAAGUGGAGAAUCUGCCUUUUUGGUGCUACAUUAUAAAUCAUUGACUGAGUUGGGUUUUGGACAAAAACGAGUUGGAUGUGGUCAAAACUGUGAGGAAGUUGUUUCACCGUUUUCAGCUCCUUUUGUUUUAGUAAUCAGCAGGUUUAUCGAUAAUGAAAACACAGCCGUUAGUUGACGCCUGAUACUGUUUGGAAAAUGUGACUGGGACUUUUUCCAGCUGGAUACACCUUUGGUGCACUCAUCAUGUUUACAGUUCCACGAUGUGUUUAAGAUCAACGUUAUACAGCAUAUCAGGCCGAGGCUACAUCUUAGUUGAUCAACUCAUUGGUUUUCUUUUUUUUAGAUAAUUGUUGCUUCACAAUCAGGAUUAUAGAUUUAAGUCACAAACUAUAACCAGCAGUGUUCUUUAGCUUUAGCUCGUUAAACUUCAGAGAUGCUAAAUCAUGGUGCCACUUUGUUUUGUCCGUAAAGCUGUUUGAAUAUUAAUGUUCUCCGACCUGACAGCUCGUUGACUCCACAGUAAUGCUGAUGUUCAUGAGUAGGAUUACACUGAACACACUCGUGAUGCUGAAUGAAGAACAUGAAUGAAUGUUUGAAAAGAUGGGUUUGAAGAUACAGAGGGAUUAUUACUGAACUUCAUGUCUUAGCUGUAAUUGUUCUUCUGAUGUGACAGAUUGUCUCAGGUGUGUCCAACCAAUGUUUGUCAACAGGAAGUAUUGUACUGCUCAAUAAAUCUCUGUACUCCUUGAUCACUGACACUGAAGUUAUAAAAUGCAUUGAAAUAAAUCUCAAAGGUGUGAAAAAGAUAAUCAAGUUCAACCUAUCUUAAGUGUUGUGUAAUUCAAGUGCUCAUAACUGAGUAUUCACAUUUCCUGCUGCUUUGGAGUUUUACGUCACUUAAAUAUUACACUUUUAAUCCUCUGGAAUAAUUUGAUAGUGAAGUAUUUACUUAAAAGAUUAGGAUUAUUAUUACUAAAUAAAAUAAAUAAUGAUAAGUAAUUUAUAUGAAAUACAUGUUUAUAAAGAGUGUCUCACAUUCAGCAGCAAUUUAAAAGUGAUAAACACAUUAAUAGUAAUUGUUUUAUUGUGAAAUUGGCCCUUUCGUACAGUUAUUAGAUUUCUUCUGGUCUGUUUCAGUUUUUGCAUUUUCUUUCUGUACAUUUACUUCAGUUCAGUUUUGAAUACAGGGCUGUAACUACACCAGAAUACAACAACUGUGACAAUGUU